UGCCACUGUGGAUGACAACACCACUGGGACUAAGCUGAUGAACAGCAGCAGAAGAUGGGUUCAUGUCGUGUCUUUAGUCGGACCUGGAUAUCUCCGCUUACAGGAGCUGUGGAAUACUAGCACAAAUUGACAGGAUCCAAAUGCAGAGCGGUCAGCAAACUCCUCCACAAUGAGAGACCGGUUGGGAGAGCUCCGGGAGAUUGCGGCGGAGUGCUGUGAUGCAGCGAGUGAGAAUGUCAGUCCGUCCACGGAGGAGGGGGAGAGUGAUAACUCCGCCGUGGAGGUCAUCACACCGCAGGCUGUGCUGUUUGAGGCCGAGCCAGUCAUUGAUAAUUUCCUGUCUGAGAUCCAACAAAUCCGAGAUGAUAUCACGGUGCUGGAGUUGGAGGUUCUCAAUUUCAGCCAGCAGCAGAAGACGCUGGUUGCAACCAUGCGGCGCUUCAGCGUGAUGAAGAAGGAGAGCAGCAUCACUCGAGACAUCAAGCUUCAGGCCGAAAGUCUGCACAGACGUCUUGAAGCUCUUUCAAAGCUGGUUCAGAAGAGCGAAGAACAGUUGGGGCCUGACUCUGUUACAACCAGAAUACAACGCUCCCAACAUGCAGUCAUGCACCGCCGAUUUUAUCAGGUUAUGCGACAGUAUAAUGAAGGUCUGCUGAUCAAGCAGGAGCGCUGUAAGCAUUUCAUUAUCCGGCAACUGGAGGUGUCGGGGAGGGAGGUGACAGAGGAGGAGGUGAAUGAAAUGGUGGCCACAGGAAAAUGGGAGGUCUUCAAUGAGAACCUGUUAAACGACGCCAGGAUAACACGGUCACAACUUUCGGAAAUCGAACAGCGACACAAGGAGCUGCUGAGCUUGGAGAGCAACAUGAAGGAGCUCAAGGACCUCUUCAUGGACAUUUUCAUGCUGGUGGACGAGCAAGGAGCCUACAUAGAGCACAUCCAGACCAACGUUGAGCGGACCCAAAACUAUGUGGAGGCUUCAAACGAGAAGUUCAAGCUGGCGGUCAGGUAUAAGAAGAAGAACCCGCUGCGGCAGUUGUGCUGCUGCUGUUGUCCACCCUGGAGGUGCUGCUUGUAAAAAAAAAGACUGCGGAGAGGAUGCAACGGAAAUGUAUUUCUGAUGGCAACUUCAUUUCAAAUGCCAAACGUCUCAAUUAUUUGUUGGAAGUGAGCAACAUUGGAUUCCAGCAGCUUUAAAUAGAAGGUUAUGGAGCUGCGGUUUAGCUGCUGCGCGGAGUGAAGACAGGUUCAGCAGAGCAUGGAAAACAAUUAGGAGGAAAAGGCCAGAAUCGGUAUUUGAAGCACUUGUUCCUUUCAGGGCUGUGUGAAGUGGCUGCUAUUGGAAGAGACAGUUCACUGAAUGUAACUGGCCAACACCGCUGCUUAUUGGAGACCUUCACUGUCAUCUGACAGAGGUCUCGAACAAUUUGAGACCACUACCUCUGGAACUGCCACCAGCAGAUCACUGAGAUUGAUUUUCUUCUUCUUUUUUUUAACUCCUUCAAAAUGUCCCCUCAAUCCUCCUGCGUGACAUGAACUGAAGUUAGCCAUCCUACGAGGUACGUGCACUUUUAAAGCACCUUUUUUUUUUUUUUAGACACAAAUAACUCCAUUUACAACACACUGAGUCCCACUUUAUUUUGAUGUGUUUUUGUUGUUAUGUAAGUAGAUCAACUGAGUGCUACCGAUGAUAUGAUGCAUCCAUGUGCAGCUUAUAGGUAGAUGCUAAACCAAUGAUGAUCCACGCAACAGAAAAGUGAUGGGCUGAUGAGGCAUCGGGAAACACUGUCCAUAUAGUCUGUACUCAGUAGGUGACGCUCUUGGUUUAAAAAAGAUGAGAGGUUUGACUGAAAUGGUUGUUCAAAUCCAAUGACUUCAGAGAAGAGAGUGCCAUCUAGUGGGGUUUGAAAAUGAGGACACUGUUUCAUGAAGCCUCACGAACCCAUCACUGACCCGAUUUAGUUUGUGAGCUGUGAUCUUUUUCAAUAACAUUUGAAAUAAAAAAAAUAUUGUCACUCUGUUUCUUAACUUCCCACAGAUCAAUGCUUAUUUUUUCCUGCUCCUCUAUGUUUUGGCACCCAUACAUUCGACAUAUUUACAUAUACAGUGGUGCCUCGGUUUUUGAACAUCUUGGACUUUGAACAAAUCGGAG